AGAGAAAAGAGAUGUAAGAGAGAGAGAUGAUGUAUAAUAAUAUAAUAAUAUAAUAAAAUAUGAGGAUUACUUAAAUUUGAUAGGUUUGAUAGAGAUUACUAAUAUUGUUACUGUGAAUUGGAUUAAUAUGAAUGGUACCCAGAACCAACUCUGUUCACAUACAAUAUGGAUGUAAUUUUUUAAAAAAAUAAAGAAAAUUAAAAACAACCAUGGCAAGAAUCGUCAUGAAUUGAGACAAAACUCACUUAACUGUAUUGCUUAGCAACAGAAAAUUUGGGCUGUUAUGGUCAUAAAUUGAGGGCUACCUGUAUGAAUUUGUGUCUCAACAGGGAUUGUAACAGCAACCCAUGGAGAAGACAAAACGGCAUCUUUUUCUCUUCCCAAGCCAGGGCUGUUUCACUCUGCCUGGGGCAGUUUGGUGUAGUGGUUAUGGUGCUGGCUUAGAAACCAGCAGACUUUGAAUUCCAGACACAAGAGCUGCUUCGGUGGAGAAAGGCACAAAAAUUAUUACCCCGCGUCUUCUAUAAACCUCAGCGUGGCUAAUUUACCUAAUCCUCCUAUUUUCCCUACAACCACCCUGUGAAAUGGGUGGGCUGAGAGACCUGGCCAAUAGAGCGAUGCAACCGAAAUAAAGAAGGUGAUCCUGCGCCGCUUCUCUCUUCCGAGGGUGGCCUUCCUCCCUCCGCGGCCCCGAGCAGAAACGGCACGGAGUGACGCAGGCGCCGCUUCGCCUACGGCUCUGCCCAACCACCCGGGUCUUCCGCGGGCCUCGGGGAGACGCCGCGGGGCGGGGCGGGGCGGGGCGCGACCCCGAAGGCUCCCUAGGCAAUCCUUGACGACGGAGCCCGGCGUCCCCGCGGCGGGCGGAUGGGGCCCCCGAUGAUUUUCGCUUCCCUCCGCCGGGACCGAGCCCAGCCAUGAGCGGCAGCGAGGCAGCGCGGCUGCUAGACGCCGUCGACUUCGCGGCCCGCAAGCACUCGGCGCAGCGGCGCAAGGAUCCGGAGGGGACGCCCUACAUCAACCACCCCAUCGGCGUGGCGCAGAUCCUGGCGCAGGAGGCCGGCGUGGCUGACGUAGCGGUACUGCAGGCCGCGUUGCUGCACGACACGGUGGAGGACACGGACGCCACCUUCGCGGAGAUAGAGCAGCGCUUCGGGCUGGAGGUGCGGCGCCUGGUGGAGGAACUGACCGACGACAAGGCGCUGCCCCGGGCCGAGCGGAAGCGCCUGCAGGUGGAGCGCGCGGCGGGGCUGAGCGCGGGUGCGCGGCUGGUGGCGCUAGCCGACAAGCUGCACAACCUGCGCGAUCUGGACCGGCGCGCGCCCGAGGGCUGGUCCGAGCAGCGCGUGCGCGAGUACUUCGCCUGGGCCGCGCGCGUGGCCGACGCCCUCCGUGGGAGCUGCCCAGAGCUGGAGGAGCCCCUGUGGCGCUUGCUGGCAGGCAGGGGCGUCUCGCGCUAACCCGGAAGCGUCGCGGCGGAA